AUGGAAGCAGAAGAACCGUCUCCUGUGGACAUUGCCCAGCGCGAUGGUGACCCUGGUGCAGCAACGGCAUUCCCGAGCUCGCCUCCAACCAAACUCCCUUUGGAUGCAGCUGCCACGGAUAAAGGCUGGAGCGGGGCCGCUGCCCCCGAGGCCCCCAUCAUCCUGAGCCCCCCACAGACACCAAAGCCAGACACCUACACCCUGGUGUGGCGCGCGGGGCGCGACGGGGGCCUGCCCAUCAAUGCCUACUUCGUCAAGUACCGCAAGCUGGAUGACAGCGCUGGCGUGGUGGGGAGCUGGCACACGGUGCGUGUCCCGGGCAGCGAGAACGAGCUGCGGCUCACGGAGCUGGAGCCCUCCAGCCUCUACGAGGGGCUGGUGUGGCGAUGAAUGGUGGCGAGGAGCGCGGCGGGCGAGGGCCAGCCCGCCAUGCUGACCUUUCGCACCAGCAAAGAAAGAACAUCAUCCUCAAAAAACACCCAGGCUCCAUCCCCUCCCGUGGGCAUUCCCAAACAUCCCCUUGUUCAUGAGGGCACAAAUACUUUUGGUGUCAUCCUGCCAGACCUCUCUCGACACAGUGGAGUUCCAGAAGCUCCUGACAGACCCACGAUCUCCACAGCAUCAGAGUCAUCUGUCUACGUCACAUGGAUCCCACGAGCAAACGGGGGCUCCCCCAUUACUGCCUUCAAGGUGGAGUACAAGCGCCUGGGCCGGAGCAGCGACUGGCUCGUGGCAGCUGACAACAUUUCUCCUUCCAAGCUCUCUGUGGAAGUUCGGAACUUGGAGCCAGGAGAGAUGUACAGGUUCCGUGUGAUUGCUGUGAACAACUAUGGGGAGAGCCCACGCAGCGCAGCAUCCCGGCCCUACCAAGUGGCCGGGUUUACCAGCCGCUUCUCCAACCGCCCCAUCACAGGACCUCACAUUGCUUAUACUGAAGCCAUCAGUGACACUCAGAUCAUGCUGAAAUGGACGUACAUAACAUCAAGCAACAACAACACACCCAUCCAAGGGUUUUAUAUCUACUAUCGCCCUACGGACAGCGACAACGAUAGUGACUACAAGAGGGAUGUUGUGGAAGGCACAAAGCAAUGGCACUUGAUAAAUCACCUGCAGCCAGAAACAUCCUAUGACAUCAAGAUGCAGUGCUACAACGAGGGCGGCGAGAGCGAGUACAGCAACGUGAUGAUCUGCGAAACCAAAGUGAAACGCACGCCGGGAGCAUCCGAAUACCCCAUGAAAGACCUGAGCACGCCACCAAAUCCCCCUGACAGGGUUGGAAGUGGAGCAGGACCUUCCAACGGCCCUGUUCGGAGCAGCGACAUGCUCUACUUGAUUGUGGGCUGUGUCCUGGGGGUGAUGGUCCUUAUCCUCAUCGUCUUCAUUGCCAUGUGCCUCUGGAAGAACCGCCAGCAGAACGCCAUGCAGAAGUAUGACCCUCCUGGCUAUCUCUAUCAAGGGGCAGAUAUCAACGGGCAGAUGAUUGAGUACACAACUUUACCUGGGACAAGCAGAGUCAAUGGCAGCAUCCAUGGGAACUUCAUCAGCAACGGCGGCCUCAGCAACGGCUGCCCCCAUGUCCACCAUAAAGUUGCUAAUGGAGUUAAUGGGAUCAUGAACGGGGGAGCUGGACUGUACCCAGGGCACAGCAACUCCCUGUCCAGGACGCGCAUGGACUAUGAGCAUCCCCACCAUCUCGUGAACGGCAGUGGGAUGUACACAGCAGUGCCACAGGCCGACCCCUCCGAGUGCAUCAGCUGCAGAAACUGUCGGAACAAUAACAGGUGCUUCACCAAAGCCAACGGCACUUUCAGCAGCAGCGCGCUCCCCGUCGUGCCCAUCGUAGCACCUUACCAGCAGGAUGGUUUGGAGAUGAAACCUCUCAAUCACCAUGUCAUGGUGGCCAUGUGCUUGGCCUCCACCCUCCCCGAGUGCAGUGCCCGGCUGGAGGAGGACAGCAAGGAGAGAGCAGAGCAGCCCUCUCCACAGCAUCCCUGCUGCAGGGACGGCAGCAACCGCCUCUCUGUGGAUUGCACGGAUGGUGACAACUGCGUGCACUCGGAAACAUCGAACCACAUUUUGAGCUGGAGUCCCCUUAUUCUGCAGCCUCUUUCCAAGGACUGUAAGGAAAAACCAGGAUGGAGUUCAUCUGGAGUCACCUUAAAUGGUUCUGGGGACCUCCGGCAGCUCCAGCUGCAGGAAACCUGA